CCCUACAGGUUUCCUGGGCUCUCUGACCACGGCUCUGUUUGCAUCGUACGCGGUGCAGGGCAAACCGCUGGUGACCUGGGGUCGCGACCUCAUGAAGGUCAUCCCCAAGGCCGAGGAGUACUGUAAGAAGACCAUACGCCACAUGGCAGAGUACCAGGAGAAGUGGUUCUACUUCGAGGCUAAGUGGCAGUUCUACCUGGAGGAGAGAGGCGUGGAGGAGGAGGGGCAGAACAAGCCCCUGUUUCCUGACACCUACAACGCUGAGGAGACAGACAAGGUGUAUAAGCGCUGGAGCUCAGAGGGCCGGGCUGGACGGAGGGGUCAUGAUGCUCCCAUGAUAGCCUACGAUGCUCUCUUGGCCUCAGGCUCCGACUGGACCCAGCUCUGCCGCCGCGCCAUGUUCCACGGAGGGGAGAGCAGUGCCACAGGGCUGAUAGCAGGCUGUCUGUACGGUCUCCUGUUCGGCCUGUCCCAGGUCCCUGAAGGGCUGCACCAGGAUGUGGACCGACGCAUGCGGCUGGAGGAGCUCGGAGCAGAACUGUACAAGGCAGCCUCCGCAGAGAGGAGCACAGAGAAAGCAGAGAGAGCAGCGAAUGCAGGGCCAUCAGGCCUCAUUGUGGACACCAGAACCCUGAGGAGGCUGGUUUGGGACCGGACGACCCGCCCGGAGCUCAGAGGGGUUCUGGAGAGCCUGCUCCACUACUUAACCCAGGACCUGCCCGGCCGGAGCCCCACCGCGAGGCCCCCUGAGAGGUUAGGGCUGGAGGUCAGUGUGGGGUUGGAGGUGCCCCAGUUCAGCAGGUGUGGAGGUCGACCAGCAGGGAGCGACGUCUCUAGACGCCUCACCUCCUUCCAGCUUCUCCAGGCCAAGUUCCUGAGGAACACCCCCAACCCUCCGCUCACUCACCGCCGGGAGGUGGGGGCCCUGGCACUGUCCUCCAGAGGGGGAGGCUGUGGGAGCCAGAGCCAUGGCAGAGAGGCCCCUAGUGGACAGGUUGAGGGCUGCUUUCCCAAAACAGGACGUGGAGUGAGAAAGGGGAACACUGUUAAGGAUGUGAUGGCCAGGUUUGCCGCAGCAACGCAGAAAGAGAGGGGAGGGGCCACACAGGUGGGAGGAGCAUCGAAAAGACCCCGAGCAAUCGGCAAGGGGCAGCUACUGUCUGCCAUAAUGGACAAGUUUGAAACCAUGGUGACGGUGCACCGGGGAAGUGACGUGAGUUGCCAGAAGAAAAGCUCCUCUCCUGGUACCAGCUCCUCUGGACGUGUCAAAGAAUUAGUGAGUCGUCAGGAAGCAGAGGGACAACAGUGCUUAGGUCAACCAGGUCAACCCGUCAAAGGUCAGAGUUCAGUGAAGCAACAGGUUAAGAGUAAAGGCUGGGGACAGCAGAGGAAAGAGAACCCCUAUGGAGUACAGGAAGGAGAUAGAGGAUCAGAGAAGACAGUAGCUGGUCUGAAGGAUUCACUUCAACACAGAAAAGGGAGGAACUGGAAUCAGAAGGUGAAAGGUCACUCUGUAGUCAAUAAGCAGAUAAGGGCUCCAGGUUCAGAUCAAGAAACUGAAGGUCAGAUUCAGGAUUCAAUUAAGGAGGUAGAAGUUUGCGGUGCUAAUCAACAGGUAGAGACUCUGGGUACGAACCAACAGGUAGAGAUUCAGGGUACGAACCAACAGGUAGAGACUCUGGGUAUGAACCAACAGGUAGAGACUCUGGGUAUGAACCAACAGGUAGAGACUCUGGGUACGAACCAACAAGUAGAGACUCUGGGUACGAACCAACAGGUAGAGACUCUGGGUACGAACCAAGAACAGAUUGUUAGCUCAGGUCAAAGACGAGAAGGCCAUGGUUCAGAAUUUAACAAGGAGCUAAAGGUUCAGAGUGAAAACAUUGAAGUUAAGGCCUCAGUGGGUCAGGAAGUGGUGGUACAGGCUUCACAUCAGGAAAAUCAGGAUCCUGAUCAAGACAGUGAAGUUGAAGUUUCAGGUCAGGAGCUCAAGGCACAGGUUACAGGUCAGGAGGUCAAGGCACAGGUUUCAGAUAAGGAAUUAAAGGUACAGGUCUUAGGUCAGGAGCUCAGCUAUGUGCAGGUAGAGCUGCUCUGCUCUGCUGCAGUGGUCCAGUGGUCUCCCCCAGCACCCCAGGUAGGGAUACCUGAGGUAGAGGCCUUGCAGUCUGGGUACCUGGCAACGCUGCUCCCUUGUCCUCCUGUGUGGGCACUAGCUUCCUCUGUGGAUCCACCAGCACAGAAAUACUCAGGGUUAGGGUCCAAAACCAGGACCCUGGAAGGCUCACAUCUCUCCUACCCCUGUAAAAAACAGUACAUGGAUCCACCCCAACCCCGGUCCACCCAGAGAGGCCAGCCCAGAUACCCCAUCCCUAGGAGGGCCCACGGCUCAGAAUCAGAACCAUCAGAACUGGGCCAGGCCCAUAACGCCAGCCUCUCACCCCCACCUUCUGAAUCUACGACCCCUGAUGUCAUGACCUCUGUCCCCACCACCCCUGAUCUUGACCUUUGCUUCCUGCCAUCAGCGCCCACAACGUCCAACCAGGAGCACCGCCCACAUGAAGCCAAACAGGAAGUAAAUGUCCUCAUGGCACUGCAAAGUGGGGAGGGGGAGGUGACAUGUCAGGAGGGGGAGGGGCAGGGUAGCUCUGUGAUGUCACAUAAAGAUGAUGUCAUCACUAUGCGUGGUUCAAGUGUUGCAGAGCCAGAAAGACUACAGACAGAAAAGCAGGAGAGACCAAAGUACAGGACGUUAAACUACGGCGACCCUUCUGCGAAACUGAUUUAUAAACCCAGAAUCAUCCGAUUCACAGAUACCUUUAAUUUCUAAGUCACUCGUCCACUCACUCUGACUUCAGUGAUGCGUCCUUCUGUGAAGGAUAAAAGCCUUCUGAACAUUCUCUCUCCUCACAGUGAAACACAAUACACCUUCAAGGUCAUGCCAGCUAUCCCAUGUGUUGCUGUCCUCUGAAAGCCGUGGGGUUGCAGGAAGCAGCCUACGCUCUACGUGUGGUGAUUACUCAGAAGCUGUGUAAUGCUCUAAGUAGAGUAGCGUGUGUGUGUGUGUGUGCGCGUGUGUCGUCCGUACUGUAACAGUGGAAAGACAAACAGAACAGCGGUGUUAAACAUUGACUAAGCUAAGCCUAAUCUUUAGAAUGGGAUUUUCGUGGAAAACAAUGUGAAGCAAGAAUAUCAGGACUUAAACUGUAGCUAUGACAACCGAGUCAAACGAACCUCUGCUCUUUAUCAGAUUAAAGAAACUCAAUCCCUUAUCUUGUAGUUAUUGUAUUGUUGACGUUGUGAUCAAUCUGAAACAGUUUUACUGUUCCCUUCGAAUCAACCUUUCAUUCAUUAGCCGGUUUGAGUUAGCUCUACUGACCUUGGCGUAUCUAUACUCUCCCUAAGGCUCGUGACUAUUGUCGUUAUCACAAGUAAACCGGAACUAAGGUACCAUACAUUUAAUUUAAUGUCAUUAGAAUAAUCUCCGAGAUUAGGGACAUAUUUGGCCGCGACAUGUAUCAAUGAAGAUUUACAAGAGAAUCUUUGUUCAAAUGUUGACCCCCAGAGGGUUAAUUUUUUUCUGGAAUGUUCCAAGGUGACAGAUACACCCGCACAGGUUGUUUGUGUGCCAGCUAGAUGUUCUACGACCACAACACGGUAAAUGUGCCCUCACUGCCAGUGUUUUGGCUACAGACAUGGACUAUAACCUGGGGAAAUAACCCACUUAUCUCAUACUAUUCACACCAGUCGCCUUUCACUGACGGGUGGAAAAACAGCCCUAAACACACUAUUUUUAUGCUAAGAAAUGGACGAUGUGCACUUGUAUUGAUGGGUUAUGCUCAAACACACAAAGACAUACAACUGUAUAUGAGGAUAUGUCUUUAGAUUCAUACUAAUUUGAAGAUGUAGCUACUUCAAAUAUUAAUUUCAGAAAUUUAACAGAGAUUUUUUUUUUUUUACA